GCCGGCCGAGAUCCCCUCCGCGGGCUGCUCCGGAGACGGCCACCACGCGGUAUGAGCAUGAUCCACUUGACCAGCUGCUGGUACUCCAGCGCGUGUACUGCUUGCCAUUGCCUGGGACAUAGUGCCAGCACGCGUGUGCUGUCGGCCAAGGCAACCGCCAGGCACAUACUGCCAGCACAUGCUUGCCAUUACUUACUCCAAGAUUUAUAUUUUGUUGAAGAGAGAUUCUGGGCGCCAGGAGGGAAGCAACUGCCAUGGCUGGCUACUUGCUUUUUACUCUGUUGGUCUGGCUACUUGCUGUUUGGUCUGAAGCUUAUUCAUCUUGUGCUACUUGCUUUUUGCUCCGUUGGUUAGCUCUUAGUUGCUACCUGUUGUAGCUGGGUUUUUAUAUAGAG